AGAGAGCUGCCUGCGCCGACCAACAACCAGCGCUCGGCUCAGUUCCAUUCUGCCGGUCCGAAGGGGCAGACGCGCGUAGAGAGACGUAUACCUUACAUGCACAUAAAAUAGGUAUAUAAAAUUACAUGCACCAAGUACACCUACACCCUGCAGCAGUAACCACCAAUCGUUUACACAAUUGUAGUGUACAUAAAAUCCUUAUAAUAUCAAGCCGUGGAGUUUUAACAUCACCAGCAGCAUCAUCAUUCAAGAUAUUAUAUAUACCAUAUCAAAAAUACACACCAUACAUCAUAUACAUAUACAUAUUACCUCUCGCGACGCGACGCUCCUUUGUCUUGUUGGAAGUUGGACGGUUGCUCUCACGACAUCAGCUACUGCACACACUUACGGGAUAGUAACAGACAGCGGCUCCCCAGCUUCAUCAGUAGCAGCGUUGUCGAGGAGCAAACUCCAGCAGCUCUACUGAGCAUCACACCGGGAUGUCUGGAAACUCAUCGACGGUGGCUGCGUUCGUGGCGCCGCUGUGCGCGCGCGACGAGGCCGCUCGGAACCUCGCCCUGGCCGUGGCGCGCGACACCGUCGAGGGCUGGCUCAACAACAACAGCACCAACAACAACAACAACACCAAGAGCAGCAGCAACAACAACAACAACAACAACAACAACAACAGCAACAACAACAACGGGUAUUGGGAUCGGGGGUCCCGCGAAGUGCCCAACAACGGUUACCACCGGACCUCCAGUCCCGAGGGCGCGGACUGCGUCGACGGCAGGCUCGACGACGAUGAGCCGGCGUGCAAUCAGCGGGCGAGGCUCCGCCAGAAGCAGUUCGACGAGGAGGAAGCCGGUGCCCGCGUGUACGGCAAAAGCCCCAAGUUCGACGAUGGGCUGGCGAGUUUGAAGGGGGUGCGGGGCCGGCCUGCGGUUCAACAGCAGUGGCUCGACGAGCACCAGGAGCCCGAGCGGGUCGUCUUCAACACCCUCGACUGCUACUUCACCGAGAGCCCGAGGCUUCAGCACCCCGUGGCCGUGAGCCCGAGGCGGCCGUUGGUGCAGGUCGCCCGGGAGCCCGACCGGCUGCUCGCCGAGGCGGAGGUCGUCACGCCGGCCGACGUUGGCCGCAUGUUGAACUUGGGCAGUGCCCUGGACGGGCCCCGGCAGGCCCAGCCCAACAAGUACAUCAGCCUCGUGAGCCUGCACUUGCCCGUCAUACUCAGGCUGAGCGUCAACUGUCCCUUUCAAAACGUCCGCACCAAGUGCGCCGAGAUCGUGCAGAUGAUCAAGGAUCGAGGUUUGCCUGUCCCUGAACUUGACUUCGAUGGCCCGAGCGCGUUCGUUCCCGCUUCGGAGAUGCCUGAUUUGGACAACCUCGACGAAAAGACUCACAUGCUGCUCAUGGAAGCUUUCAUGCAAAACAACAGGCUGGACCACGUAGUGAGGGUCGUAUGCACGCAUCCGACCUACCUCGAGCAGUUCUUGCGCACGCAAAAUUUCAUUCUACGGGGCGACGGGCCACUUCCCUACGACUACAGGCACCUCAUAGCCAUCAUGGCAUCGGCGAGGCAUCAGUGCAGUUACCUCAUAAACCUGCAAAAAUCCGAGUUCCUGCGCCAGGGCGGCGACGAGUCCUGGCUGCAGGGCCUCAAGUCGAUGCCAGGCAAGCUCCAAGACCUCCAGGAGAUCAACAAGAUCCUCGCGCACAGGCCCUGGCUGCUCAACAAGACGCACAUCGAGAAAUUGACAAAGGGCUCGGACAGCUGGUCGUUGGCCGAGGUGGUGCAAGCGAUAGUCCUCCUGGCGCACUUCCACGCGUUGUCGUCCUUUGUGUUUUCGUGCGGGGUGAACGAGGAGCUCGACGACGCCGCGAGUCACCUCAUGUGCAAGGAAAACGUCCCGCCCACCGCCAAUCUCCAGACGCCCCUCGAGCCGAACAAACAACAGCAGCUCGGCUGCACGAGUCCCCCCAAGCAGAUAAUCAUACCCAACGGGUUUCCCCGUCGGCAGAGCGGUAAGAAGCAACAGCAGCAGCCCUCGCCGCCCGCGUCGCCCUGCGGGGAACAGGAGGUCGGCGUCGAGACCCUCAUGGAGCGCAUGAAGCGCCUCUCGGAGAAGAACGAGUCGUACAGCAUAACCCAGGAGGAGCUCUCGAAGCGCUUCGAGAGCGUCGAGACUCAGUCGGCGGAACUCGCGGCGGCGCCCCAGCGCAACAGCGUCCUCCUCGACUCGGACAUUGGUCUCUUCAUCGACGACCCGAGCUACGUCUACCAGGACUUUGCCAAGCGGGGUCAGCUCAACGACAUACCGAUAUUCCGCGUGCAGGACUACUCUUGGGACGACCACGGCUACUCGCUCGUCAACAGGCUCUACAACGACGUGGGCAAUUUGCUCGACGAUAAAUUCAAGACGGCCUACAACCUCACCUAUUACACCAUGGGUACGCACAGUCGGGUCGACACGUCGCGUUUUCGCCGAGCCAUCUGGAACUACAUUCAGUGCAUGUUCGGCAUCAUGCACGACGAUUACGAUUACAACGAGAUCAAUCAGCUCGUCGAGAGUAGUCUCAAGACGUUCAUCAAGAACGCCGUUUGUUACCCGGAACGGGUCACCAAGAGGGACUACGAUCGCGUGAUGCGCGAGUUCAAGCACAGCGAAAAGAUUCAUGUGAGCUUGAUGAUUUUGGAGGCUCGGAUGCAGGCGGAAUUGUUGUACGCGCUGCGCGCCGUCAUGCUCUACAUGACUUAACUGUCCAGGCCCGCUGAUUGGCAGCUGUGCAGCGUUCCAGCAGGCUCAUUUGACGGCGACAACACCAGCGCGUCAUUAAUAGGGACGGAUAACGAGAGGCCUAACGAACCUCGAUCCAAGCGUCACUCGAUCAGAGAUCGGCCGUCAAUGUUGCUGUUGUUGUCGUCGUCGACGUCGUCGACUUACAAAGUGUUGCUAUCCUGGGGAGGCCAUCGGUGGCGAGCAGAGAGCCCUUUAAACUCAACUUUUCGAGUAGACAUUCACGUAAGUGGAGAGCAGUGAAAAAUUUAUGACGUUAGUGAAUACGAGAAAUUGGCGAGCUGUUGUUGAGUUAGGGGUGGGAAAUGAAAUUAAAUUGACUACGAGGGAUACAGAGGGAUAGUUUUGCAAAACGUACACCGGUUAUUUCGAGCCAACUUAAGGAAGGACCGUUGUUUGUCGAUUCGAUUUUUUGUAGAUAAAUUUUGUGCGUUCAAAUCAACUUUGUCGCUGAUAAAUGUAUUUUUUUAUUUUCAUUUUUUUUUU